AUGAAACACAGUAAAACCAAACACACACCCCUACGCCGUAAAACAACAUCACAGUCAUCCUUUUCUGCUCUUCUUCCUCACCGCACCACCAGGUCCAUACUACCAGCACCACUACGUCCCAUCUAUGCCUUCGCCGAGUGGUCAGGUGUCCCUAACGAAAUAUAA